GUGAAGACCGGGCCGAUGACGACGCUGUCCCUGGCAGACCAAGCGGGCUUUUCUCACUCGCUCCCUCGCUCCGAUUCCGAUCGAUAAGCGAGGUCAAGCUGCUGGGGGGUCCGUUAUGGCUGCAUUUUGUGAGGCUUGUUUCUGCAAGUCGGAGUGGCGUCGGAGGUGGUCGCGGAAAGGAGUGAGAGAGAGAGAUAGAGAGAGCGCUAGCGAGCAGGGGUUAGGGUUGGAUAAUUUAUGUGAAAGAGCGUUCUUCGAGUAGCUCAUUUUAAGUAGAGCAUUUUGAGUGGGGGAGUGGGGCGGGCGACAGUGAAUUGGGUGGAUGCCUUAGAUUCUUUUGCCUACCACCUGCAGGGACUGUGGAUGCGUUGGAGAUUGCACCCUUGGAAGAGGAUGUUCUUGAUGUUUUAAAAUUGAACAUGCUUGACAAUCGCUCCUGCUACUUGGGCGUUUGCUGAGGGGAGGUCCGGUGGAAGUCGGAUGAUUGCUUCUCUCUGGAUUUGUAUUUGGUCACACCCAUGGCCCUGUUGGAUUGGAUCUGCCAACGUCUAUUGGCGCGUUGAGAAGAAAAAGUGGUACGUGCGACACUGAAGGAUUGAAUGGGUGUUUAUAGGAUGCAAAAGUGGGAGGGAGUUGGUGCAAUGGAGGAAGUGCGGAGAGUUGUUCUGCACUGAUAGCUCAUUUCUCCAAUUAGCACCCUUGACAUACAGAUCAGUAAAGGUUUUGGAAUUCUGGGUGUCCACACCCUUACAAGGUGUGACCUUAGAUUUCGUCACCUCCUGCUAGAGCUUGAUAAUCUCAUGGCGAGGAGGUGGAAACUUUUUGUGUUGUUUUUCAUGAUUCGUGCAACCCGGAGGUUUUGUUUCUUUCUUUCCUUUUCUUCAUUUUUGUUUUUGGUUUGUGACAAUUUUAACCUGCUUGGGGACACGUAUUGUUUACGGUGCUGGGUAGGUGAUUGAUCCCGUUGCAAUAGUGCGGAUUCACAGAACCUUCAUUGCAUCUAGAGUGUUGGCACGAAUCAGACCCUGUCGAAAAAGGACAAUAUGGACAAUUCUUCUUGGCGUUCGUCGUUGGCGCUUGAUUCACGUCAAAAAAUAGUAAAAAGAAUGUAAGCAUGUGAAUUUUGAGUCUCAGCUCUGGCUUACAAUUUCUCCGGCAUCAGCGAAGUGAGGUAGAUUUUUUGCUGAGUCGUCGGCUGCGCUCACUGGUCCGGAUGCCCGUCUCUCCAUGCGUUUCGAUGCACGCAAAGGUGUCUACCGAUGAUAAGUUCCGAUGCCGGGGACAAUAAUAUAAAUUUACUAGCAGUGUUACGAAAUGUAAUCGGUGUGGGGUGCAGUGGUUAGUGCCAGGUAGUGGUAGUGAAACUAUUGGUACUAACGCAUAUUGAAUUGUACAGUUAUAACUACAUGCUAUAGCGUUUUGCCCGCAAGCGUAUUAUUAUUAUUAUUAUUAUUAUUAUUAUUUUAAUUUUUUAUACCAGAUCAUGCUACUGUCAUGUGCAAAUUAUUGUCUCUUUAUGCGCUCUCAUCCGAAAAGUACAAACAUGCUGCACCCGAAGGUAGGUCAUGUAGGUAAAGUGCGAAAGCGUGAGAGUCAGUAAGUGUGAGGGGCAGUGAAAGAAAUGAACGGCGAAGUCUGGCUCGCUCAGCACGUAAAGCAGACGCCACUAGUUGUGAUGUGAGGUUCUAAAUAUCUUGCUAGAGUGUGUCCUGUUCAGGUGUGAUUAGAUUCCCGCGGAAAGCUCACGGGCACGGAUUCACAUCAUGGAUACCUUGCAGCGGUACAGGCCAACCGCAGGGUAAGCUGGUAAGGAUGAACUUCUGAACCUUGCAUCGCGAUUGAGAAGAAAAUCUUUCAGGCUGCAACGGAUCAGCAAGAUUAUUUUGACAAAAUUUCGGGGAAGAUGACGUCACUUGAGACCAAGACCAAUGGAAAUCCGCUUCAACGACCUGCUUCUGGAUUACCAGGAGCAAGAGGUGAGGCACCGGGAGUGCCUGGAGUUCCAGGAUCUGGUGCUUCACAGAUGCGGAAUAUAGCUGGUUUGAGAAAUGUAGCCCAGCUCGGAACCCAGCAGCAUCUUCAGCAGCAGCAACAACAGCUUCAGCAACUCCAACAGCAGCAGCAGUUUUUAACACAAUCACUCCAGGCUAAUGGAGCCAGUGGUAUUCAAGCCACUGUAUCUGGGCUGACCUCUAAUCUACCCGGAGUUGCUAGUGUGAGUCAGAAUCCGAUGUCUGGCAUAGGUGGUCAAGUCAUGAAUUCCACGAUUAUGAGCAACCGCCUUCAGCAAAUGCAACACCAGCGUCAAUCUGUUCAACAUCAGCAAGUCUCGCAGCAUCAGCAGCAGAGUAAUCAACAGCAACAAUUGCUGUAUCAGCAGCAGCAGCAACAUCAGGCAGCAGUUUCGAAACAGAAACUGCAAAUGCAACAGCAACAGCAACAGCAGUCACUUCUCCAACACCAGCAGCAUCAAUCGCUGCUACAUCAGCAACCUGUAAGUCAGCUUUUGGUCCAAAGCAAUGCUGCACUACAACAGCAGCAACUGCUCCAACAACAGCUUCUGCAGUCUAAACAGCAGCAACAGCAGCAGACCACUACAUCUACUCUAUCACAACAGCCACAGCAAUUACAACCUAUUGUUCAACAGCCUGGUCAGCAGGGUCAGGUUGGACAGCAGCGGCAUGGGUCAAAUCAACAAUCACAGCACCGUAUUGGACAGUCAGGAGGUCUGCAUCAGCAACACCAACAGCAGCAGCAACAGUAGCAGGGAAACAUGUCAUUUCAAGCCCAACAGCAGCAGGCAAAUAUGCCACUUCAAGCCCAAUAGCAGCAUGCAAUUUCUGAGCACCCUACAGCCUUAUGCCAUCCGAGCAACUGCAGAAGCUGAAGCAUUAUAAAGAUGUUCUGCGGCGAAUGAUUCCCUACCUGCGUGUUCCUAAAGACAGUGCCAAAGGAGGUCAACCAGGAUAAAGGGGAUGCUUUCGAGAAGCAGAUUUUAAGUAUUGUGGAAACUUUCAAGAGGAGGCGGCAGCCGCAACCAACAGCACCUGGUGGGCCUGCU